AUGGACAAAAAUCCUGAUCUUUCAUCUCUCAUCAAGAGUCUGAUCCAACACUUCAGAUCACCGGAAAGUGCAGCCAAACAUCUCUCCGCCCUCCCUCAGAUGGCCGAAUCAACCGGCAAACCCUCGUCCUCUCAAACUCCGGUGGAAGUCCCAGGAGGAUCUUUUCCUCCAGCUCCUUCUCCAAAAGGCUCUCCGAAGAGAAGUACCACUGAAUCGUCUGUAGGGGCUGAUGUUGAUCCUGUCUCUUUGCAAAUUGUAGAAACUCCCAUCAACCCUGAGCCGAUCUCCACUGUUCCUCCCCUUGAGAGUGUUCAUUCAAAAAUGGCGCCUGGUUCCUCUGCGAAAGUUGACAAAAAUCUCACGAAAGGGAAAACUUCUCUACCAAACCUCACUGUUCUUGCGACCUCGGAGAAAUCCACAGGACAGCCAGCUUUCGGUGUUACUCAACAUCAAACUCCUCUUCCCACUCCAAGCGAAGAGUCAAUUCCGUCUUCAAAAGAGGAAUCAGCGCAUGCUUCUCAAGAUACCUCUAUGGAGAGAAUUGGGGAAAUUGCCAAAGAGGCCCUGCUUGAUCUUGCUUCACAACCGGGGUCAGAUGUUGAUAAAGCUUCUAUUGUUGCUGAAGAAGAAUGUGCUGCUGGUGAUAUUCCCACAUCCAUGGAUGUUGAUGACUCUGAAAAGAUUCCUGAUGUUGGUCAGGAUGUUGAUCCAGAAGAAAGCACAGAUGUGAUUGAUGUUGACACCUUUCCUCCUGUUCUCAAGCCAAAGGUUGAACAUUCUCCCAACUCAAAGAGCGGAAAGGUAUCUUCUGCCUCUCUUACUACCUCCCCUCGCAUCAGCUGCUCUGGAAGCUCCUCUGAAUCAGAGGUUGAGGUUAGUAAGUCGUACUCCACUCGUUUUUACACUCGUGAAGCAAAGAAUGCUCGCAAAGUGUUGGCUGCUAGGAAGUUUCAUAAUGAUAGACGUGCGGAUGAUGAUUUCUUUUCAAAGUAUAAGCUUGAUAUCCUUUUGCAAGAUAGGGGUAUGUGGGGUACGGUUGUUAAUGUGUUUCCCUAUGAUGCUGAGAUUGUUAGGGAGUUCUAUGUUAAUCUGAUGACAGAAGCUUUUGACCCAAAAUCUGUUAAGUUUGGGAAAGUUUUUGUUAGGGGUAAGGUCUUUGAUUUCUCCCCAUCUGCCAUUAACAAAGCAUGUUACACUGCGAAUACCAACACUGAUGAUGUUGAGGUUGAUGAUGAUGAGAUGACUAGGGAGUUGACUGGAGGGAAACUUAAGGCUUGGACCUCGAAGUUUGCUGCAUCCACUUUGUCUUGGAAAUAUUCUGUGCUUCACAAGAUUGCAGUUUACAACUGGCUUCCAAGCAAAAACACUACUGCUCUAACCAAGGAAUAA